AUAGAAGACGUACGUGAACGCUGACGUGCGGAGCAGUAGCGGUGAAUGUGGAACAGCUGUCAUUGAUUAACAUGACAGCCAAGUACUCCGCACGACGUACGCGAGCGGGGUGGAGCGGAGCGGAACGCUGACGGAGUAUGUGGAAUCAGGGGUUAAGUUUUUUACACCAGCUGACUGGAAGUCGGGCUGAGAGAGAGAGGCAAGUAUCUCCAGGAAAGUAAAAUACCGCUAUGUCGAAGUUAGGGCCACGAUAAACCUCACGGCUAUGAGUUUUCCAUAGCUAAGAGGCUAACCGGAAGUGUCUAAAGGCGAAAGCAAAAACUAAAAUCAUCACACCGUGAACUUCAAAGUCUAAUCAACUCUCCAGAUUAACAAACGGAUCCUCCCAAGUAUCCACAUCUGAUCUAAACUACUCGUGAUCUGAAACCCCAUCAUCACCUCUACUGACUCGUCAGCAUGGCUAACACAGACUGUGUCAGUGUGCGAGUCUUUUCUCUCAAUUGCUGGGGGAUCCGAUAUCUAAGCAAACACUGUUCUCAGCGAUAUCAAAUGAUUGGAGAAAUGCUGUGCAAGGAACAGCAUGAUAUUGUCUUACUGCAAGAGGUGUGGAGUGAAAAGGACUUUAUCUGCUUGAAAGUCAAGCUUGCCUCCACUCAUCCUUAUUCUCAUUACUUCAAAAGCGGGGUCAUAGGAAGUGGUCUGGCUAUUUUUUCCAAACACAGAAUCCAGGACACGUUCCUUUAUCGUUACUCUCUGAACGGUUACCCAUACAUGGCUCACCAUGGGGACUGGUUUGCCGGGAAAGCUGUCGGGAUGGCCAUACUGAACCUGGCUGGCCUGACUGUGAACGUUUAUGUCACACAUCUUCAUGCUGAAUACAGCAGAGAGACGGACUCUUAUUUGCCUCACAGAGUGGUUCAGGCCUGGGAACUGCAGCAGUUCAUUCGUCAUACCUCUACAGGAGCAGAUGUUGUCAUUAUGGGGGGUGACCUCAACAUGCACCCUCAGGACCUCGGCUGCAGACUGCUGAUGUCUUACACCGGACUGAGGGACUGUUAUACAGAAACGGCUAAAUUUGAUGGAUGUGAAAAUGGAAUAACUUUAAUAGCAGAUAAUCUUUUUGUGGGUAAAAAUGAACUAAUCCCCUUUGAGAAGGGGAUUCGAAUAGACUACAUCCUGUUUAAGGGUUCAUCCAAAACCAACGUUUAUUGUGAUUUCAUGUCCACCACCAAAGGCUCAGUGCCGGGCCAUCCCCUCCCUUAUUCUGAUCACGAGGCUCUCACUGCUGAGUUGCGACUAGAAUCCAAAAUCCCAGCUCAGACUGGAAGUGACAAGACUCAGGACACUCCCACAGAGAAGCUCGCCGAGCUUGUUGACACAUUAACUGAGGCACGCACCGAAGUCAAAGUGGGCUUGCACUGUGCUGAGAGGAUGCGCUACACUGCAGCACGUACUGGAGUGAUGGGCUUAGCUCUGCUGUUCCUGGAGCUGGCCAUAGCUGCAGUUCCCUGCUUCACUCUGGGAGCAGAACAGCCUUUUCCUCGUAUCUCCUUCUACCUGCUGGCUGCUCUGUGUUUCGUCAUCCUGCUCACCACCUCUCUGCUCUACAUCUUUUAUACCAUGGAGCUGAAGUCUCUCCAAGGAGCUGAAGACCAGAUGAGACUGUCUGUAGGUAGUCUACAAGAAAAGCUCAGAGGUUUUCCCGUGGCUCAGCCUCACAAUGCUCCCCAAAGGUCACCAGUGGAGAAACUGCCUAGUGCCUUGGAUGCAGAGGAAUAACUUCAAAGUCGAGGCUUAUAAACAGGAGGCUUUGAAGUGGGAUUUAGUGUGCUACUCGUAAUAUGCUUUGGAGAUUGACAAUAAAACCUCGGGAUUGAUUAUACGCAAGAAACAUUUCUGAAAUUGCAGGAAAUAUGCUGUCAUUUGUUUAUACUUUUAAAGUCAUCUGCAGGCUUGUAUUGCUCCUAGGCUUCCCUCUAUGCAGCUAAAGUAUACAGCCAUGCUUCCUAUUUCACAGUAACGGUUAAAUAUUGCUGUGACACUUAAUAGUCUUAAAUCUAUGAUAUAUUUGUGUUAUUAAGGCUCAGGUCUGAUGUGCAUUCCACCCACCUGCAGUUUGACUGGGACCAGUUAUUUUGGUAUGAUAAUGUGUGGCAUUGCUGACCUCUACCAGCUAUCACAUAGCGACUGUGGGGCCAGUUUCAGGCUUAGUUUCUGCUUGAAGCCAAGAGAAAGUUCUCUGACCUAGAAGAAGCAGAAUCUCCUAAUUGUUUAUGUUGUAGAUGUUUUUUUCCCCCCCUGAAGUUAUACUGUGAGGAUCAUUAUGAAACUGUUAAAACAUUUCAUGUCAAAUUCUAAGUGAAGGGAUAAAUGAUCUUAUUAUUGGACUUCUGUUUUUGCUUGCUGUAACAUUCAAUUUUUAUGCCCACGUUUUACCGACAAUCUGCACUCCGGAUUAUUAUUAUUAUUUUUUUUUAUAUCUGAAGCUAUAAAAAUAGUUUGAAUUGGCUGAACAUGAUUUACUUGUAACUUGCUGUUUUUAAUCAUCAAAGAUGAUUUUUUUUUUUCAAAAUGCUUUGAAAGACAACUAAUUUUAGGAUGAUUAAUAUAUUAAUUGAGAUGCUGAUUCAGAUUACAAACUUAAUUUGGUUUUUCCACAUGUCUGAAUGUUUGUGUUGCUUUAAACCAUACUGUGAAGGAUUUAGUUGUUCUUAAAUCACACCGAAGAAAGUGAAUUGUAUCACAAAAGCAAUAAUAAAGACAAUAU